AUGUUCGGGAGGGGGCACCCCGGCCCGGCUGCUGCCCCGGAGGCGCAGAGAGUCCCCGCGGGUCGGUUCCCCGGGAGAGGGAAGAGCAAAAGAAGGCAGCGCGUGCGGAGGGACCGGCACCCUGCACGGGAUGUUCGGGAGGGGGCACCCCGGCCCGGCUGCUGCCCCGGAGGCGCAGAGAGUCCCCGCGGGCUGUCGCGGGAGCAGCUCGUCUCCACGGGGGGCGUCUGGGAGGCCUGCGAGCGAGCGGCCGCCCUGCCUCGAGAUAACGCGGCCGCCGUGGCCUCGGCCCUCUCCGCCUGCCUGGGGAUCGUCAGAGAUGCCUUGCGGGAGAUGGAGCAGGCGCAGGCAGAGGGCAGAGACCCCAACCGGGAUGCCCUGGAGGACGAAGAGGAGGGCUCCGUGGGGGGCGGAGACGUCUCCUGGUCAGAGGCUGACCGCCAGCUGCUGGGCCCCUGCGUGGGGCUGGCGAAGGCGGCCAAGGCGUGCCUGAAGAAAUCGCUGGGGGCAGUGAGAGCCUGGGGCAGAGCGGACACGGCAGAGCAGGUCGCCCAGCUGGAUGGCCUCACGGAGGCCGCGGGCGACAUCAGUCCCAGCGUGGAUGAGUUGGUGCUCAGCACGUAUCCUCCUGUGAACCGCCUGACUCUACGGCUGAAUGCCGGGAAGCUGGCUGCCGUGCUGAAGAAGAUGAUGGAGGUUGUCCAGGCCAGCCACGUGUGCCUUCCCUCUGAAGAGAGCUGGGUGCGGUUCCUCUCGGGAGCCGUGGAUCACAACAUGGACAAGAUCAAGGGCUUGACUCAAGGGGCGCUUUGACCUGGCGUCUGGGGCUCUGGCUCCUUGUGUGGCUCCCCCCCCCCCGUGGCGGAGGUUGGGUGUCUGGAGUCCCAAGCAAUAAAGGACCGUUG